CAACACGGGACAGGUAUUACAUAAUAGCAGACACUUCCAAGUAGUUAUCAGUUCAGUAUGCAGACUAUGCACAGCCGAAACGAAGAACAAACACAUGCCAAAACUACUGAGACGACUGGCUAAUUUCUAGAAACGGACAUCUUAAAGAAAGCAACGAAAUGUUCCUGUACAUUGUAGGUCUCAUAGUCUUGCUGUAUGUGUAUCGGUGGUUCAGAGAACUGGGACGAGUUCCCAAUAAAUCGGAGAAGUCUGUGUACAUCACAGGCUGUGAUACAGGGUUUGGGAAUCUCUUGGCCAAACACCUGGACACAAAGGGUUUCCGUGUCAUCGCUGGCUGCUACACGGAGAAGGGAGAAGUUGAGCUGAAGAAAUGCUGCUCCGACAAACUCACAACGCUGCAUUUGGAUGUGACCGAUAAUUAUAGCAUCAAAAAAGCUGCAGACACCAUUAAAACUCUGGUGGGAGAGAAGGGUCUGUGGGCUGUGGUCAACAACGCUGGGAUCUCUUUCCCAACUGCUCCCAAUGACUGGCUGGAAAUCGAGGACUUCAAACAAAUGAUCAAUGUCAAUCUGAUCGGGGUUGUUGCCAUCACUCUGAGCGUGUUGCCGCUCAUUAAGAAAGCCAAAGGCAGAGUGGUCAAUGUGGCCAGUGUGUUCGGAAGGAUAAGUACUCUGGGAGGAGCGUACUGCAUUACUAAGUAUGGAGUAGAGGCCUUUAAUGACAGUCUAAGGAGGAACAUGGCACCGUUUGGAGUCAAGGUUUUAUGCAUUGAACCUGGAUUCUUCAAAACGAGUGUUACUGACUCCACUAUCUUUGAGAGCCAUCUGCAGAGAUUGUGGAAAAGGUUGCCUCAGGAGGUCAAGGAUGAGUAUGGCAGUGAUUUCAUAGACAAAACAAAGCUGGUGAUUAAGGAGAAGAUUGAUAAGAUAUUGGAUCCAGAUCUGAUGAAGGUGGUCAGCUGUAUGGAGCACGCUGUGGCUGCGGUCCAUCCUCGGACCAGAUAUUCUCCAGGCUGGGAUGCCAAGUUCGUCUGGCUGCCUCUCUCCUACAUGCCAACCUUCAUCUCAGAUGCUUUCGUUUUAAAAAAUGCUGUUCAUCCAAAAGCUUCGGUUCUGUAAGCAUAAACAGCCACUUCUCUAUGUUGCACCUAUGCAGCAUAUUGAUGGAAUAAACCGUACUUUCUUAACUGAAUUAUAAUUUCUUUCAAACUAAAAAAAAUGUUUGAACUCAAGAACCACUAAUUUUAAAUGCAAAGACUAUAAUUUAAUAGACAUGAAUGCAUUCUCAAGCAAACUGAAAAACAGUGUGCACACAAAAUAUUUGUAAGAGAUUGUAGUACAUAUUCUCAUAAUGGAUAAAAUAUAGUAUUUCUGAAGAAAAUUGUUAGAAUACAAUUAUCCAUCUAUAAUGGACAUGAAAAGUGCCCUAAUUAUAAAAUGAUCCACAUGUGAAUCAGUUAAAACUUUUAUUGGACAUUUUUACAAUAUUGAAUAAAUAAAAA